CAGUACUUGUGUUCUCUCUGUAGUUGUUUGCGUCUUCGCGUGCACGCAGACACAGCGCCUUUCAAGUCCUCCUUCUCGAAUUCAAUUCAAACUUCGUCCUCUCGUUUACUCGGUUCACCGCCUUGUUGUCCAAGUCUAGGAACCAUGCCAGUCUCUCACAUUGGUCUCACUGUCUCUCAUCUUCCUACUUCUUGUUCGUUCUUUCUCUCUGCUCUCCAGCCUCUUGGGUAUCGCUUCAUCGGUCAGCAAGGUAAUCAAAUUGGCCUUGGGAUUAACGAUGCGGAUUUCUUUCUGUGCCAAGAGACACCAGGAAUCACAUAUAUAUUAACAACUAGUAGUGUAAAAGCCGGUGCUGCGCACAUUGCCUUCACGGCCCCUGAUCGAACCGCCGUUCGAGAUUUCUACACUGCUGCUCUCAAUGCUGGAGCUCGUCCCAAUGGUGCUCCAGCAAUCCGAAAUGAGGAUACCGGCCACUUCAAUGCUGCCGUCUUGGAUUUGGAUGGCAACAGUGUUGAAGUCGUGUUUAGAAGCGAGCCCGAUGUCAGAGAUGACGGGACUGUAGUCGAACAUAGCAGGGUCUUGACCUGGCAGAAGAGUGUCACACAGAGCAUCCGCGAUGAUAGAAGUGUCGUCAGCGCUCGGACUACUCAUUCUACAUCGAAGCAGGCCCUGCUUCCUGCUACUACAGCAGCACUCUCAAAAGCCCCGACCGUAGUCUCGAAGACUGCGAGUAUGGCUCGAAGUGUAUCAGCUCCCGUAUCCAUACCCCAGGUCACGGGACCAGCUUCGACCUCAACCUCAUCUGGCGACAAUGCUGCGAAAAAGAUCAUCGGCACUCUACUCGGAGCUGCAGCUGGCGCAGCGGUCGCCUACGCAAUGUGCAAAUCUGAAGAAGACAGUGCGCGACAAGAAAACGAAUUUAACGCGUUCCAGGCCGCCAAGGCCCAGCAGGACGCUAUGAUGGCUCAAGUCCAGGCCGCUCCACAACACAAGCUAUCCAUGCAAGACCCGCAGCCGAUCUACGAGACACCGCCAAAGUCUGUACACCGCAAUAUCAGUGACACUGACUCUCAUUAUAGCGCCCCGACACAUAGCAUGUAUGCUCAGAGGGCGAUUGAGGCAGCACCGAGGAGUUAUCAUAGCCCCACGUAUACAUCGGUGGCGCCGACGAGGGUGGCACAGAUGGAGAGGGAGAUGCAGGCAAUUGAGUAUGUGCCUGCUGCGAGUGUUGCGCCUUCACAGACCCAGUCCUCUCAUACGCAUGCCUCAAAGCACAGUUCAACAUCCAAACACACUAGUAAAUCCCGCAGUCGCGCACCGUCUCCUCCCCCUUCCACAACUAAAUCCGGAUCGAUUGUCGGCAGCAUUCUCGGCCGAGACACUUAUUCCAGCGCAAGCAAGAAAGAUCAAGACAACCUUGAAAUCUCAGAUCUCAACGACACCGAUACCGUUGCCCCAAGUGACAGCAUCUCGCAAAUCGGAUCCCCACGCCGAAGUCAUCGCAGCCACAAGAGCAGCACUAGUAAAUCCGGAGCCUCCAGUGUCAGCAAACAUAGUUCGUCAUCCAAACAUAGCAAGUCCUCCAAGCACUCGUCACAUUCGCACCACUCCAGUUCCAAAAAAUCCCAUCACUCGCAAUAUGAGUCCUCACCUGAAUGGCACGAUGUUGACGAGUACAUCGUUCGCCCGAGCGUGGCUUCCGAGCCUAGUGAUGCAAGUACAAUUAGGCCGCCGAAGUCUAGAAGUGGGAGCCGGAAAGACUCAGCGGUGGGGGGAGGAUAUGAGGGGUUGUUUAGUGGGAAUGGUGGGUGGGGGUCUGGGACAGUAGCGAGCUUACCAAUUAGAGGGAUCACGCCGAGUAUGAUUGAGGAGAGUAGGGAUGGGAAGAGGGGAAAGAGGAGUGUGGUUAGUUAUACUAUGGGGCAGUAGGCGCUCGACUAGCAUUUUGGGAGUCUAGGGAUUGACUAUUGACGAUUGCAUGAUCAUAUCUGCGUUUUCGGCUCCGGCGCACUUUCGAGUCCAUUUGGUUUUUUCACUCCCGACUUGGGUCAUGGAUGCCCCUUCGCUCUGGUCUGCAUCUG